GCAGUCUAUACGAUGCGUUCGUAGAACUCUCGAGAAUUCUCCCCACGCUAUAAAAUCUCCAACGGCCAAAGCCAAACCUUAACUGCUCGGUGCAGAAGAUCGAUUCGCGUUUGCAUUCGUCAUUUGACUGAUUCCUGUCUGUUUGAGCUGUGAGAGGUUUGAAAUGGAGGACGAUUUUGAUAUUCCGCCGGCGGAGGGGUUGGAUGAUGGCAUGGAUCUUCCGGAGGAGAGCGCUUACAUGAAGGUCGGGGAGGAGAAGGAGAUCGGUGCGCAGGGUUUGAAGAAGAAGCUUGUUAAGGAAGGGGAAGGCUGGGACACUCCUGAAAAUGGCGAUGAAGUCGAAGUUCACUAUACUGGAAAGCUGCUUGAUGGUACCAAAUUUGAUUCGAGUCGUGAUAGGGAAAAGCCAUUCUCGUUCACUCUCGGCCAAGGACAAGUGAUUAAAGGAUGGGACGAAGGUAUCAAAACAAUGAAGAAGGGCGAAAAUGCCGUCUUCACCAUACCACCGGAAUUGGCAUAUGGUGAAUCCGGUGCUCCUCCGACAAUACCUCCCAACGCCACCCUACAGUUUAACGUCGAGUUACUAUCCUGGGCGAGUGUCAAAGACAUUUGUAAGGACGGCGGUAUAUUCAAGAAGAUUGUCAAAGAGGGAGAGAAAUGGGAGAAUCCGAAGGAUCCUGAUGAAGUGUUGGUCAAAUAUGAAGCGAAGUUGGAGGAUGGAACUGUUAUUUCCAGAUCAGAUGGCGUCGAAUUCACUGUCCAAGAAGGUUAUUUCUGCCCGGCCCUGUCGAAGGCCGUGAAGACAAUGAAGAAAGGCGAAAAAGUCCUACUAACUGUUAAGCCACAAUAUGGUUUCGGUGAAAGAGGAAGGGCUGCCUCGGAAGAUGAAGGGGCUAUUCCAGAAAAUGCUACCCUCAACAUUUACCUGGAGCUCGUGUCCUGGAAGACAGUUUCGAACGUUACAGACGACAAGAAAGUCGUAAAGAAGAUACUUAAAGAAGGGGAGGGAUACGAGCGCCCUAACGAUGGAGCUGUCGUUAAAUUGAAAUUGAUCGGGAAGCUGCAAGACGGGACUGUGUUCGUCAAGAAAGGCCACAGUGACAACGAGGACGAGCUAUUUGAAUUCAAGAUAGACGAAGAGCAAGUUGUCGAAGGAUUAGACCGAGCUGUGGCAACUAUGAAGAAGGGCGAGACAGCACUGUUGACAAUUGCUCCCGAGUACGCAUUCGGCUCAUCCGAAACUAAACAAGACUUGGCUGUCGUUCCGCCGAAUUCGACAAUAUACUACAACGUGGAACUUGUCUCUUUUGUUAAGGAAAAAGAAUCGUGGGAUAUGAACACGGAGGAGAAGAUCGAAGCUGCCGGAAAGAAGAAGGAAGAAGGGAAUGCUCUGUUCAAGGCUGGGAAGUAUACACGAGCCGCGAAACGCUACGAGAAGGCUGCGAAGUACAUUGAAUACGACACAUCGUUUGGUGAGGAGGAGAAGAAACAGUCGAAGGCUCUCAAGGUAACAUGCAACCUGAACAAUGCUGCUUGCAAGUUGAAGCUGAAAGAUUAUAAGCAGGCGGAGAAGCUCUGCAGCAAGGUAUUGGAGGUGGAGAGUACAAACGUGAAGGCACUGUACAGAAGAGCACAAGCGUAUAUGAACAUGGGGGAUUUGGAUUUGGCUGAGUUUGACAUUAAAAAAGCACUCGAAAUUGACCCCGACAACAGGGAUUUGAAAGUAGAGUACAAAAUAUUGAAGGAAAAGGUGAGGGAGCACAACAAGAAGGAUGCCAAGUUCUACGGCAACAUGUUUGCAAAGCUCAACAAAAUUCAGCAGCCGAGGACCAUUGACAGCAAAGCUUAACCAACACAUUUCACCUCAUUAAUCAAUGUAAGAAAUUCCUCGAUCUAAUAUUUUAAUAAUUUCUUCUUCACAUUUUUGGAUCGAGAUUUUGAUUUUCUAAUAAAAUUGGAUGGAUGGGUGGGUGGUAGAUUUUCUGUAGACCCCUUUUUUAUAUCCAAAUUAAGGAUCUUCUUCGUUUUGCUCU